GCUAACGUGAUAAACAUAGACACUCUCUCUUUCUCUCUCUAGCUUUGCAAAGAUUAAGAAUCCCAGUUCACUGACAAGAUUUUGAGGUUGUCAAGGUCUGUGCAAAAAAACCCAGGAGAACUUCACUCAGAUUAGUUGCAUGUCGCAGAACAUAUUGUACAACAAUCCUCACUGUUGAUCAAACUGCUACGGGCAAUAGUCUCCACCCGCCAGAACCAAUUACCGGUUAAAAGAUGUCAACACCAGAACAAGUUUCAAGGAUAUAUAAAGUCCGAAAAACAGUGUUUCAAAUGCUGAGGGAUCGUGGUUAUAGUGUUGAUGAUUCUGAGAUCAACAUGACAAGACAGCAGUUUACUCAGCAUUUUGGUGAAAGAAUUAAAAGGGAUGAACUUUUUAUCCAUAAAAGCAAGGAACAAGAUUCCUCCGAUCAGAUUUAUGUCUUCUUUCCUGAGGGGCAAGUUGGUGCUGGAGUAGUAAAGAAUUUGGCCCAGCGUCUGAAAGCUGAUAAUAUUUUCAGUGCAAUUGUGGUUGCUCAAAACCGUUUGACAGCACAAGCCAAACACGGUGUUGAAGAAGUCAAUAAACUUAUCCGCAUGGAGGUCUUUGAGGAAAAAGAAUUAGUGGUCAAUAUAACAGAACAUGUUUUAGUUCCUAAACAUGUAGUACUAUCCAACGAUGAAAAGAAGGAGAUGCUGAAGAAGUAUGGAUUAAAGGAUUUACAGCUACCACAGAUAUUGGUACGUGAUCCAGUUGCUAAGUAUUAUGGGCUUAGACGUGGGCAAGUUGUUAAGAUCAUCCGAGAAAGUAUGACUGCUGAUGAAUAUGAAACAUAUAGACUUGCUGUAUAAAAUUCCUAUGGUGCUCUGCAGGGCCUUCAAUUACACAGAUCUAUGAGCAUAGGCGUAAAAAAAGAGGCCCAACAUACGAAUAUUUGGGCCUAAAUAUAUUAGCCCAAUCAUUUAAUUUGUUUUCUUUCUUUUCCUA